UCUCUCUCUCUCUCUCUCUCUCUCUCUCUCUCUCUCUCUCUCUCUCUGACACUGGACUCAAGCAUCUUUGGCCUACUGGAACAUCUUCAUCGUUUGCUUGGUGUAUAGAGUGAAGAGUGCUGGUUUUGGUUUCUAUUUGGCUUCAAUCCUCAAAACAACCAGCAACCUUCCAUGUUUGCAUACAGGCAGUAGGGGAUGAUCACUGUAUUUUUGAGGGCCGUGCAGCAAAAGUUCUACUCUGUAUAGGGUGAACAAAAGUCUUGUAUCUUGAGUCAGUCAUUCCUCGGGUUUCUUCACGGAAACCCUACUGCAACUUGGAGCAUUGGAGUGUUCACAUAUAGAUGUUCCCCCUUUCCAUCCUCCAUAGCACCAACAAGAACUACAACUAGAGAUCCCAAAACACAUAGCCCUCUAUAUAUGCCUUGUACAAACACCAAAUCCACUCUUCUACUGCUACUCCUGUACUAGUUUGCCUCUCUCUCUCUCUCUCUCUCUCUCGCAGAGCAUAUGAUGCAAUUCACUAGAAGUGCACCUCCGCUUACUUCUAUCCACCCCAGUGGGCUAGGCCCGUGCUUGGACGACGACGCAUCGAAGCACUCCUUACACCGUUCGUGGCCGUGGCCUGGCCUCCUGACCUCCUCCAAGUCCCUUGGCCGCCUCAACACCGCCAGCUGCAUGGAGCAACUGCUCGUCCACUGUGCCAACGCCAUCGAAAGCAACGAUGCCACCCUCGCCCAGCAGAUCUUGUGGGUUCUCAAUAACAUCGCUCCCCCUGACGGCGACUCCAACCAGCGCCUCACGUCUGCCUUCCUCCGAGCUCUUAUCGCUCGAGCAUCGAAGACUGGCUCCUGCAAGAUGCUCACCGCUGUCGCGGCCCGUGCCGAUGCCGACCUCGCCAUCCACCUCCAUCGCUUUUCCGCCAUCGACCUCGCUAGCUUCAUCGAUCUAACUCCCUGGCACCGUUUCGGCUAUGCUGCGGCGAACUCUGCCAUCGUGGAGGCUGUGGAGGGGCUGCCCGUGGUCCAUAUCGUUGAUCUCAGCACCACGCAUUGCAUGCAGGUGCCAACACUUAUUGACCUGCUAGCCAAUCGCCCCGAAGGCCCGCCGUUCAUAAGGCUGACCGUCCCAACCUUCACGACAACUGCGACGCCGCCGUUGCUGGACAUGUCGUACGAUGAACUCGGGUCGAGGCUGGUCAAUUUCGCGCGUUCUAGGAACGUAGCUAUGGAGUUCAUAAUGAUCCCUUCUGAUCCCAGCGAUGCAUUUGAUUCAUUGAUCGAGCAAUUAAGAGUUCAACGACUAGUCUCUGAAGGCGAGGCCGUGAUCGUGAACUGUCAGAUGCUGCCGCACUACAUCCCGGAGGAGACAGUCGGAGCGAUCGUCUCCACCAUGAACGUAAACUCACCCAUCCUCUCCCUCCGAACAAUGUUCCUCAAGGCUCUACGAAGUCUGGAGCCUACACUGGUCACGCUGGUGGAUGAGGACGCCGACUUCACGUCGUGCGACGUGGUCGGGAGGCUGCGGUCGGCGUUCAACUACCUGUGGAUACCAUAUGACGCGGUGGACACGUUCCUCCCCAAGGGGAGCGAGCAGAGGAGGUGGUACGAGGCCGGGCUGUGCUGGAAGAUCGAGAACGUGGUCGCGCAGGAGGGUCUCCAGAGAGUGGAGCGGCUGGAACCGAAGGGGAGAUGGGGGCAAAGGAUGAGAGCGGCGGGGUUCCGGUCGGUGCGGUUCACGGAGGAGGCAGCAGGGGAGGUGAAGAGCAUGCUGGGUGAGCACGCGGCCGGGUGGGGGUUGAAGAGGGAAGACGAAGAUUUGAUGCUCACUUGGAAAGGGCACAAUGUGGUGUUUGCCUCAGCUUGGAUGCCAUCUUGAAGGAACAAUAUUGCAUGAUAAGAAUGUUUCUGUAAGUGAUGUUUGGUGUUCAUUCAUUGCUUAGAUUAGCUUUUUGUCUAAUAAUGAUUAUUAUCUGAG